AUGGCCACACCCUUAAGCAGCCCCUCCCCGCGCGUCGACCGCUUCCAACAAGCCGUCGAAUCCCUCUACGGCAGCUUCUCCUCCAUCCCAGACCCCUCCGCCUGGACCCCGCCCCCCAAAUCCGGCGGCCACCGCGGCCGCUACCUCUGGACCGACGCCUUCGGCGUCCUCACCCUGAUAACCAUGCACCGGGAAUACGAGAAGGCGCUAGCGAGCGCGGCCCAAGCCCCAGACGAUCGGUACCUGGUGCUCGCGCGGCGCGUCGUGGAGACCGUGCACGAGAUCCUGGGCCGCACGCGCGACGGCAAGGCGCGGCUGCCCGGCGCGACGGAGGAGAAUCCGCUCGGCGGCGGGCUGCGCAUCGGGAAGAUGGACGAGCGCGGCCCGGACGCGGACGGCCAGUACCACCAUUACCUGACGGUGUGGAUGUUUGCGCUGAACCGGCUGUCGCUGGCGACGGGGGACCCGGCGUACAACGAGCAGGCGGUGGCGCUGGCCAAGGCGAUCCACCCGCGGUUCUUUGUGCAUCGCGAGUCUGCGCGGCCGCGGAUGGUCUGGAAGAUGGCGAUGGAUUUGUCGGCGCCGCUGGUGGCUUCCGAGGGGAAUCUGGAUCCCAUCGAUGGGUAUGUGGUGUUCCGGCUGCUGCAGGGGGCGGCGAUGCAGGCGGGCGGAGGGGCGGUGCUGGCCGAGGAGAUUGCCGACUACAAGCGGGUGAUGGAGCGGAAGGGGCAGCAUUUUGUGUCGAGUGAUCCGCUGGACCUGGGGAUGACGCUGUGGACAGCGCAUUGGUUCUCGGAGAAGGAGGAUUGGGCGGCGAGGUUGGCGGGGCGGUGCUUUGAGCAGAUUUAUGAUCUGUUUGAGAUCAACCGUUACCUCGAACGCAAUAUCAAGUACCGGCUGGCGUUUCGCGAGUUCGGGACGUGUAUGGGCAUCCAGUGCCAGGCGGAACAGACCACCGAGAAGGAUCGCUCGGUCGACCUCAAGGUGUACGCCGACGCUAUCAUCGCGGCCUGGGAUCCAUACAUGGAGCUGUCUCUCGCGACAGACGUGACGCCAGACGAUCUGCGGCCCAUUACUCGGAUCAUGUAUGCCGCGGCGUUGAUUCCUGGAGCCUUUCGCAGCGGGUAUCUGGGUCCUGAGCCGGAGUGUCCAGAAAAGUAG